AUGAACAACACAAGCUUAUAUUUUCUCAAGGACAAAGUCAUGUGCCCCUUAUGCCUGGAGUUGUUCACUGACCCCGUCACCACAGCCUGCGGGCACAACUUCUGCAUGGACUGCCUGCAGAACUACUGGGACCACCAAGCCUUGAUCGGAGAGAGCCCCUACUGCCCACAGUGCCAGGAGCCCUUCAGUUCAAGGCCUAGACUCUGCCAAAACAUCAACCUGGGAGAAAUAGCAAAGCUCGCCCAGGAGGUUCAGGCCAUCACCAAGCUUCCCCCAGCAGGUCCCAAAAACAUCCCCUGUGAUUUCUGCUCCUCUGGGAAACUCAAGCCCAUCAAGACCUGCCUCCAGCAUACACCCUCCUUGUGCGAGACCCACACCCAGCUACACUACAAAGACAAGGUAUACAGGAGCCACCAGCUGCUGGAGCCCAUCAGUGACCUGAAAGCCAGGCUGUGCCUCAAGCACCACAAGCUGCAGAAGCAGAACUGCCGGGCAGAGGGCAGCUUCCUCGGUCAUACCCGCCUCCAGGAGGGGUGCAGGAACCACGAGGCAGUCCCCUUGCAGGGGGAGAGAGCCACGAAGGCGAAGCCCGCAUCUCGUCAGGGAGCAGAGCUGAGUCAGCAGGUGCUUUGCAGCCAUCCUGCCCUGGGCCGCCAUCUCCCUAGAGCCAAGGAGGUGGAAAACGAGCAAGUACAAGUCAACAUGGAAAACCAGAUCAUCAUGAUGGCCUCUGACAGUCGUAGACACAAGGAGAGGGUCAUCUACCUCAUGAGAGUGGUCAAGAAUGCACGAGAUGAGGUGAACCAGACCUUUACAGAGAUUAUCAAGGAGCUCAAGAUCAUGCAGGUGAAGGUGCUGGAGUUUUUGGACAAGGAGGAGAGAGCAGCUCUCAUCCAGAUGGGGAACUCCAUUCAGCAGAAUCAAGUGAAGCUGGCCGACCUUUGGAAGCAAAGCCUUUGGAUGACCGGCCUCCUGGAGAAUACAAGUGACCAGCAGUUCGUGCAGGAAUUCCCCAAACUGAAGCAGCUGGGAGCCUGCCCAGAGCCAGUGGUCAGCCUGAAGUGUGAGGAGUCCUCGAGUUUCAUAGGCGUCAAGCAGAUGCUGAGUGAUCUGAAGGCCCAGCUAGCAGUGGUUGCUCUCCACUUCGUCAAUAAAAUCCUUAAGACAGGCAUCACCAUGCAGCCCUAUGAGGUGAUACCACCCAAUAUGGACAGGAAGACCCUCCUGAAGUACUAUUACAACCUGAACUUUGACCCCAACACCGCCAGCGAAGAGCUGCUAUUGUUCAAGGAGACCCACUCGGUGCUGAACAUUGGCAUCAUGCUGGAGUCCUCCUCCAUGCCCUGCCAAGGAUUCAACCACUGGCCACAGGUCUUGUGCACCCAGAGCUUGUGUGGAGGCUGCCACUACUGGGAGGUUGAGGUCUCAGAUUCGUGGCUCUGCUUGGGAGCCACCUACAGUUAUGCGCACAGGACCGGGAAGAACUACAUCUACUUGAUAGGCAGGAACAGCACCUCAUGGUGCUUGGAGUGGGACUCGCUCAAAUUCUCCGUCUGGCACAACAACAUCCAGACGGUGGUGAAGGGCAGCUAUUACCAAACUGUCGGGAUCUUCCUAGACUAUGCUGCUGGCUCCCUGACUUUCUACGGGGUCACCAACACCAUGAACCUCAUCUAUCACUUCCUGACCACGUUCACGGAACCACUGUACCCUGCUGCCAUGGUGAGCGGUGGAGGUUCGCUGUUCCUGAGGCAGCACCCGAAGUAG